AUGAAGUCCUACGUCGUACUUGUAACCCUCUUUGCUUCUCUAGCUUUGGCCACUCCAGCAAUGCUCAGGAUGGCGAGUUACUCGCACGUCAACUUAGGCCUCCCGUUCGUCCUCCAGGCAGCUGCUGCGGACAUACUCAAUGCGCCGACUCUUGCUGCCCUGGCGGUUGUCCCGCAGUCCCCAUAUAAAGAAAGAUCGAACCAGGUGCCUCCUUUCCUGCAAGCAUGA